GGGGCCUGGGCGCUGGUCCUCCACGAUGACAAAAUGGUCUUCUGGUGCUCCAGAGUUCUGCGCUCCAGUUCAUUGUUGAAGAUCAUGGUGUCCAUACGGAUCUGGAGGUGUGAAGUUCCAUACUCCACAGUUGGUGCGUCACCAGGCCUUGGUCACACUCCUGUCAUGCUCAAAGAAGUGCUGCAUUACUUAGAGCUACAACCAGGGCAGGUGGUCCUGGACAUGACGUUUGGAGGCGGUGGUCAUUCAAAGGCGAUACUAAACUCUGCCCCUGAUGUCACGGUCCUGGCAUUAGACCGAGAUCCCACAGCUAUUCAUUUGGCCGAGGACUUAGCCAAGGAAUACCCUGGCAGAGUUAAGCCGAUCCUGGGCCGGUUCAGUGAGCUCCUGUCCCUGCUGUCCCACAUGAGGAUACCAGAGAGGAGCGUGGACGCGGUGCUUUUGGACGCAGGCUGCUCCUCGAUGCAGAUGGACCAGGCCCAAAGAGGGUUCGCUCUGAGCAAAGACGGACCACUGGACAUGAGGAUGGACGGAGACAGGUACCCUGACAUGCCCCACGCGGCUGACGUUGUGAAUACCUUAGAUCAACAGGCUCUCGCAUCCAUCCUCAGCGCAUACGGCGAAGAGAGACGCGCUUGGAAAAUCGCUUCAGCCGUGGUGGAGGCUCGCCGGUCCUCCCCUAUCACCACCACUCGUCAGCUGGCCGCGGUGGUCGCAAGAGCCUUCCCUCCCGCCGCAGUGUACGCCCGUAAAGACAGACUGAACCGCCCGUCGCAUUUGGCCACCAAGACCUUCCAGGCUCUGCGCAUCUUUGUGAACGAUGAGCUAAACGAGCUGCACGCCGGUCUGCGGGCCGCUCAGACCGCUCUGAGGCCGGGGGGGCGCCUGGUCGUGAUCACCUUCCACUCUCUGGAGGACAGACUGGUCAAAAGGUUUUUACAAGGGGAAGACAUGUCCAACCUGGAUGAGUUUCACUUUGAACAGAAACAGAGAAAAGAAAAGUAUGCAGAGAGACCAAAACAAAGAAGUGAACACUGGGCUCCAAUCAAAAGGAAAGUGGUGACUCCAGAGAAACAGGAAAUGUUAGAAAACCCAAGAGGACGUUCGGCUAAACUCAGAGCCGUCUUAAGACUCUAAGAAUCACUGUAAUCAGUUAUAUUGUGUUUGGAAACAAAAUGGACACAAACGACACCUCACACUGGGAUUUAUUCUUCAUGUAAAAAUGAACCCAACUGUGUCAAAUGGAUAAUUGUGCACAGUCAUGACUAAAUGUCUUGAGUAAUUUUUGGUUAGUCAUUUGGCUCCAAUGGUUGGAGGAUGUUUGACUAAACUCAGAGCAGUCAUUGUACUAAAUUAAUUAUACAAUUUCCACUCCAGACCAAAGACUAUUCUUGACAACUGCCCUGUGGGUCAUUUAAGAUUUGUAUCAUUUGAUGAGUAAAAAUCAUAAAAAAACAGUAAAAACACUCAGUACUUUCGCAUUGUCAUUACACAAAGCUACAAAGAGUUUGAUUUAACCUUUGCAAACAGUUUAUUUCUUUACAAUGCUCCAUUAUUAUUAGUGACGGAGAU